AUGUAUCUAUUCAUAUUCCUUGCCGUGACUCUCUCAGUGGCAGCGUUUCCUAGGCCGGAGUCGCUGGGACAAGCUGAGAGAAACAAGCGGAGAGCUCCAAAUGAUGCGCCUUCCAUAUAUCGGGGUAUGUUCGGAGGCCCGAACUUUGGAAAUGGUGGAUAUCCUCAGAAUGGCUUUGGUGGACCAUGGUCGAAUGGUGGACGAAAGUCCUUCGGACCUUUCGGAGGCCAAGGCUCUAACAUGGGAGGACCAUUCGGCAGAAACGGUGGACGGAAUCCGCUUGGUCGUCAAGAUACCAACACAGAAGAUGACGAUUACGAUUAUGACCCUAUGCAAUAUGAUGACGGUGAUGAUGACGUAGAAUGCCCCGAUCCAAAAGAUGUGAUUGAUGUAACUGUUCCACCAGAACUAGGAGGCUCCCGAGGUGGUGAGCGUGGACAUUCCCGAAACUCAUGGAGGAAUGGUCGCAGAGGAUAA